UAGGCUGACUCAGUGAUCUUAGAGGUCUUUUCCAACCCAAACAACUCUAUGGCUCUAACUAGUACCCUGAGUGCAAGGUUAAGGAGAGGUCAGGUUCUGGGGUGUCAGUCACUUGUGGGUUCCCUCUCUGGGCAGGCUGCUGUCUGUCGCUGUGGGAUGAGCUGCCUGCUGCCCUGCACUGUGUUUGCACUCAUGGGACUGCUCUUCGCCAGGACCAUGGCCUGGACCUCCAGUGGGAAGACUCACCCAGAGCUGGUCAACAACCUCUACAAGAAAGGAAUCAUUAAAUCCCAGCGUGUCUUUGAUGUGCUGCUGGCUACUGACAGAGGUCACUACAUCAAGUAUUUCCCAUACAUGGAUUCUCCUCAGUCCAUCGGGUACAAGGCUACGAUCAGUGCACCGCACAUGCAUGCCCAUGCACUGGAAUUGCUCAAGGAUCAGCUUGUGGAGGGUGCAAAAGCUCUGGACGUUGGAUCUGGAAGCGGAUACCUCACAGCUUGCUUCGCCAGGAUGAUGGGCCCCACAGGGAAAGCUGUGGGCAUUGAGCACAUCACAGAGCUGGUCCAUGAAUCCAUCAGAAAUGUCCAGGAAGAUGAUCCAACUCUGCUGAGCUCUGGCCGUGUGAAGCUUGUGGUGGGAGAUGGCAGGCAAGGGUACCCUGAAGAAGCUCCUUACGAUGCCAUUCACGUUGGAGCAGCAGCAGCAGCGGUACCAAAGGAGCUGCUGAAUGAGUUGAAGCCAGGGGGUCGGCUGAUCCUGCCUGUGGGGCCUGAGGGUGCCAACCAAGUGCUGAUGCAGUACGACAAGACCAGCGAGGGGCAGAUCGUGGAGACGCAGCUGAUGGGAGUCAUCUACGUGCCCCUGACAGACAAGGAGAAGCAGUGGCCUCGGGAUGAAUUCUGAUGGAUGGAUAUCUCUAAAGUGACCUCAGAAAGCUGAAUGGGACUUUAAGACUGUAAAUGGUCUGCAUGGUUUUGCUUUUGGAACAGAACUCUAUCAGCAGAGGUGCUCACGAAGGCAAGUUCUGCUUUAGCAGAGCUCCUUAUGGAGGAAGGGCCUUUGACCAGGA